GCACUCUGCGUCAGUUAAUGCAGCGUUUCCACCGACGUUGUUGCUUCCGACAGCGGGAUAGACGAAGUACUUUCUAGCCUUUUUCUUUCAGCACUUUAAACCCACAGGCUUUGCUUGUUCCACUGUCAGACUAUUCAGUGACAUAGUUGUGGACUUAAUCCGUAUACCUACUACUUUUAAUAAUGCCUCGGGGCGGCAAAAGAGGCCACAAGGGCAGAGGGAAGCAAUACAGUAACCCAGAGGAGAUCGACAGACAGAUGAAAGCCCAGAAAGAGUUGGAAGAAAACCCUGGCGCAGCAGAGAAGGCGAGCGACGCAGACUCCGAUGAAGAGAGCAGCAGUGACGACGACAAUGACUCCAGAAAGAGGAGUGGGGUGGAGGGGCUCAUAGAGAUUGAGAACCCCAACCGUGUGUCUCAGAAGAGCAAGAAGGUGGCGGAGUUAGACGUCAACGCUCCCAGAGAGCUGUCUCGCAGGGAGAGAGAGGAGAUCGAGAAGCAGAAGUCAAAGGAGCGCUACAUGAAGCUCCAUCUCGAGGGGAAGACCGAUCAGGCCAGGGCCGACCUCGCCAGACUGGCCAUCAUCAAGAAACAGAGGGAGGAUGCAGCCAAGAAAAGAGACGACCAGAAGAAAGAGACUGACGAUUCCAAAUCCAAGCGCUAGUCCUCCACCCAAAAGCUUCAACACGCACUUCAGUCUCAGAGGGUCGGAGAUCUGGAGGAGGAGAGCGGGGGGUAGGGAAACCAGUACGAGAGGCAUCAGAUCAGGGAGAGCUCCUUGAACUCCUGUCCCUCAUUUCAAAUCUGAGGGGCGAGGGUCUUCCAUAACAGCGAGGUCAGAAGGGGUGCAUUAAAAGCGUGAUGAAGAGGAAUGCAACAUUUGGGAUGCCUCUAUUUUUUCCUCCUCACCAGGGGACACUCGCAGGUUUUCCAUGUGCUUCACCGCCUCUUUACUCUUUCAGGGUUUUAAUUCUGAAGCUGCUGAAGUUAUUUUCUUUUUCGAUUCAUACACUUUUUUUUCUACAUGGUUACCUAAUAGAAGUUUACUGGACGACUGAACAGGUAUUACAGUGAGCGUGCAUGGGGAUAACUUUUGGUGCUUUGCUUUUCUUUCCAUCUCGCCUGUUUUUUGUAAGUUGGCAGAUGGAGAAAAAGAACACUAUUCAGAGGAUAAACUGAUAUAUAGGAAUUAUACAAUGUAGGUUAGUGUUUGUGGAUGUAUUGCACAAGACAUUGGUAUAAUUUUCUAAAGAUUAACGUUCCCCCCCCCCCCACCAUCCAAACAUAGAUAUUCUGCUUUUCAAUUCUGUCCGCCUGUUUGAUCCUCGUUUUCUUUCCAUUAAAAAUUCAAACUCUGAAUAAUUCUGUGUCCUCCUAUCACAGAAAGUCCUGAAAAUAGAGCAUUGUUCAUGAUUAUCUUCCCCAAAUUGUACACUUUGCUCACUUGAUUCAUCUUAUUUCUGUCAGUUCGGAAGUGUUUCAGAAUGUUUUCUGUGAUCCUUUUUGCUCAAAGCACCUGGAAUAUUACUUGAAUUGCCUAUAAUAAGCAUUUUUAAGUUGUUAAACAUCAAUGAUGGAGAGCAUUUUCUCACUAUGCCUCAGUUACUGUGGCCUUGCCCUGUUUCUGAAAGGGUCCUCUGUGGUUCUAUAGGAGGGAUUGUGUCUUUUGUGGCCUUUUUGAACAAAGUUUACACAAGACCAGUUCACUGUCUUUCUCCUGAAGUUAGUCCUACAAAGAACCUACACUGAGUUUAUCGGGUACAUCUGCACUACUGAAAAGAGUCACUAUAACAUAGACAGCUCCACUUAAUUCAACACACUUCCCAAAGACGAUUUUCUGCAGGGCCUUUUUUAUUUAGUGCACGUGAUAGACCGGCGACUCAGUGGGCGGGGGAUUUGGAAAUGCCUUGAUCAGGAAAACAGUGCUCCCUAUAACCUGGAAUAUAACACACCUGUAGAAACCACAACGUGUGAGAAAUGAAGCCACAGCAUUUAAAUUUGAUUCCUCAAGUUCUCCAUCAUGUAUCCGAAGUCAUUUUUAAAUAAUAAAUUCAUUAAUAGGUAAA